AUGAAUCUGCUAGAAGCUAUCAAGAACGACGUCCUAAAGCAGAAGGAAGAAGAAACGUUGAACCAAUUCUCAACUGUGGCGGAGUUUAGAGAAUUCAUUUUGGCGUCGCACCCAACUGCUGAUGUAAGCCCGACAGCAAAUGCCCUAGCCGACUUGACACCUCUGAAGCGCAAACCGUAUCUGGUUCAAGUGACGGUGUGGGAUGCCAAACCGACGAAGUGUGUCAAUGGCAAGCGCAAUAUUAAGUUUGAACCUGGUGCCGUGUACAAAUUUUCCCAUGCCGAUGGCGUUGGUUUCUAUGCUGAUAUUGCAAAGGGGAGCGUUCAGUACGAGCUCGGUAACAAGUACAAGAUUUUCGAGGUCGAUCCACCACUGAAAAAACGCAAGAGCAAGAGCGAGGAAAAUCAUCCAACAGUGGCGAAGCGCAGCAAGCGCCACACCUGA